GAGGCAGCGGGUGGGAUGGAGCUGGGAUGGGCAGCAGUGGAGUCCACAGGGGCUGCAGCUACGUUUUAUUUUUCCCCCAGGAGCCAGCACCCCUGUGGGGGUGCAGGCAGGAGGUCUGGGGUGCUGCACCCCACAGACGGCGGGUCCCUGCCUGUGCUGCCGGGGCUGGGCUUCCCGCGCCGCGGUGAGUCAGCCUGCGGCACACACGUUCUUCCUGUUGGGAGUGACUCAGGUGGAGCAGCCGAUAAAAAAACCACCUCCCCCCAAAAAAAAUAAGCAGCAAGUUCAUGAGCCCCGCUGUCGUCUGCCGGAGCAGGAGCCCCCGAGCCAUGGCGGGGGGCUGGCUCCUGCCCCUCAGCUGCCUCGUGGUGUCUCUCCUGCCUGCAGCCCUCGGCACCAUUGGAGGAGAAGUGUGUGACUGCAACGGGAUGUCCAGGCAGUGCAUCUUUGACUGGCACCUCCUGCAGGAGACGGGGAACGGGUACCGCUGCCUCGGCUGCCAGGGCAACACGGAGGGUCCCCGCUGUGAGCGCUGCCAGGACGGCUUCUUCCGCCGGCGGGACAGGGACUGCUGCCUGCCCUGCCUCUGCCACCCCCAGGGUGCCCUCGGCCCGCAGUGCAACAGUGAUGGCCGCUGCAGCUGCAAACCUGGCGUGAUGGGUGAGAAAUGUGACCAGUGCCAGCCAGGCUUCGAGUCCCUCUCCGAGGCCGGGUGCCAGAGGAGCGGGCAGAGCCUGCGGUGCGAGUGUGACCCGGCGGGCAGCACGGGGGGAUGCAUCUCUGGCCGCUGUGUCUGCAAGGCGAGCGCCACUGGAGAGCGGUGUGAGAGGUGCAAGCGAAACUUCUAUAACCUGGAUGCCAGAAACCCUGCAGGAUGCUCCCCCUGCUUUUGCUACGGGCACUCAGCUGUGUGUGUCAGUGCAGACAACCACAGCAUCCACAACAUCACCUCCACCUUCCAGCAAGGUUCUGAAGGUUGGCGAGGUGUCCAUGAAAGUGGUUCCCCAGCCCAGCUUCAGUGGUCCCCACGCCAUCAGGAUGCCUUCAUAGCAGCGAGGAGACCGGAGCCGAUAUACUUCGUGGCACCUGGGAAAUUCCUUGGGAACAAGCAUCUGAGCUACGGCCAGACACUGUCCUUUGAUUACCGCCUGGACCGAGGGGGACGCGAGCCGUCUCCGCAUGAUGUGGUCCUGGAAGGAGAUGGCCUGAGGGUUACUGCCCCCUUCUUGCCCCAGGGGAAGGUCCUGCCCUGUGGUGUCAGCCAGACAUACACAUUCAGGCUGGACGAGCACCCAAGCAGCAAGUGGAGCCCAAGGCUGAAUCACUUGGAAUAUCGCAGGCUGCUGGGAAACCUGACAGCUCUCUGGAUCCGAGCCACCUUCGGGGAGUACAGCACUGGCUACAUCGACAACGUCACCCUGGUGUCAGCGCAGCCCGGGGCCGGUGUCCCAGCUCCAUGGGUGGAGCGAUGUGAGUGCCCGGCGGGGUAUGAGGGCCAGUUCUGCGAGACGUGUGCCCCUGGCUACCGCAGAGAUGCCCCUGGCAUGGGACCCUUCAGCAUCUGUGUGCCCUGCAAUUGCCAGGGGGGAGGAAUUUGUGAUCCCGACACCGGUGAAUGCUACUCGGGAGAUGAAAAUGUGGGCAAUAGCAUCGGCUGCCCCUUCAGCUUCUACCGAGACCCCCGGCAGCCGCACAGCUGCAGGCCAUGUCCCUGCGGCAACGGCCAAGGCUGCUCCGUGGUGCCGGGCAGUGAGGAGAUCAUCUGUGACCACUGUCCUCCUGGAGCAGCUGGGGCCAACUGUGAGUACUGUGCCGAUGGCUAUUUUGGGGACCCGGCGGCUUCCCAGCCCUGCCAGCUGUGCCGGUGCAAUGGUAACGUGGAGCCCAAUGCCGUGGGCAACUGCGACCGCCAGACGGGCGAGUGCCUCAAGUGCAUCUACAACACUGCUGGCUUCUACUGCGACCGCUGCAAAGACGGCUUCUUCGGGAACCCCCUGGCCCCUGACCCUGCCAACAAGUGCCAAGCUUGUGCCUGUGACUCGACUGGGGCCGAGCCCCUGAAGUGUAGGAGCGAUGGGAGCUGCAUCUGCAAGCCUGGUUUCCAGGGUCCCCGCUGCGAGGAGAGUGAGUGCCCAGCUUGCUAUGGGCAGGUGAAGGAGCAGGUGGACCUGUACCUGCAGCAGCUGGCAGAGCUGGAGCUGAUGUUCUCAGAGGUACAAGCUGGCAGUGGGGCCGGGAGCCAGGAGCUGGAGGGAAGGAUGCAGCUGGCUGAGGAGAUGCUGCGGACCAUCCUUGGGGAAGCCCUGAGCCUGCAAGCCUCUGACAGGUCUCUAGAAAGCCGCCUGGCCAUGAUGAAGGGGCAAGAGUCCAGCUCGCAGGGCCGCUUGGAUGAGAUGAAGGCAAUGGUGGAGAGGCUGAGGUCUCUGGGGACCCAGUAUGAGAGGCAGGUGCAGGACACCCGGCGGCUGCUGGAGAGAGCCCGGCUGGACCUGGACCGUAAUGGAGCUGCUCUGCGUUGGGUGAACAUUCCUGUUUCAAACCCUCCCGGGGGCUCAAAUCAGUUCUCGAUGCUGGCCCAGGAGGCUCGGAGCCUGGCUGACAGCCACCUACAAGCUGCCAACACCAUCGAAGGAGCUGCCAAGGCGGCGCGGGAGGAUGCACGGCAGGCACUGGAGCUGGUGCGUGCGACUGCUGGUGGAGAAACAGCCACCUCUGGGUCCCUGCGAGGGCUGCUGGGCAAGUACGAGGAGCUGAAGUUGCUGGCUGGAGGCCUGAAGGCUGAAGCUGAUGAUAUGGCCUCUGAGGCAGACAAGGCUUAUCAGGGCAGCCUGGUGCUCCUCAGCUCCCUGUCCCGCCUGACGAAGACCAACGUUGGCUCCUUUGAGGGGGAGGCAACACAGCUGAAGCAGGAUGCCAGCGCUCUCCUGACCCUGGUGGACACCUACAUGGCCCAGUACCGGCAGCUUCAGGCCCGCACGGGACGCUGGGAGGAGGAAAUCAAGCAGCUGCUGCAGGGGGGAGAGGGCAAGAGAGCGGUGCUGAUGCAACUGCUGUCCCGAGCCAACCUCGCCAGGAGCACAGCCCUGCAAGCCAUGAGCGCUGGCAAUGCCACCUUCUAUGAGGUGGAACAGAUCCUGAAGAGCCUCCGGGAGUUUAACCUGCAAGCAGAUGACAAGAGAAGGGAAGCCGAAGAUGCCAUGAAGAGGCUACCGAUCAUCAGCAGCAUGGUUGCAAGUGCCAGGGAGAAGACAGACCGAGCUGAAGCAAUCCUGGGCAGCGCCGCUUCUGAAUCCAAGGUGGCCAGCAACAUGGCAGGGGAAGCGAAGGAGAUCUCCAUGGGGAUCCAACAGGAGAUCACGCGGCUGAGGCUGGAAGCCAACAAGACGGCCGAUGGUGUCCUCGCCCUGGAGAAGGUGGUGGCCACCCUGCAGCACGAGGCCAGGGAACUGAAUGGAGAAUUUGAGAGGAAGCUCUCAGAGGUUGAGAUGGAUGCCACUAUGAUACAGAAGACAGCUCAAGAAGCUCAGAGGGUCCAUGCCAAGGCUGGCCAGGCAGGGGUGGCUGUGCAGGAGACAUUGAGUGCCCUGGAAGAGCUGCUGCGUCUGAUGAACCAGCCUGGUGCUGUGGACGAAGAGGGCCUAAAACAGCUCGAGAUUAAUUUCAGUAAAGCCAAAACCAGAAGCAACCAGCUGAAGGAUGAGCUGUUGGAGCUGGAGCAGACGGCUACGUUGCAGAAGACCCGGGUGCGGACACUGGAGAGCAACAUUGAUGAGAUCUUGGCAGAUAUUAAGAACCUGGAAGAUAUCCAGAGAAGUCUUCCUCCAGGGUGUUACAACACAAAAGCCAUCGAACUGCCGUGAGUGAGCUCUGGAAAGACUGCAGCAACUGCCAGGCUGUGAAGGCAGGAGAGCCUGGUCCAGCUGCCCUCCCCAGACCCAGCAGGACCAGCUGCAUUUGGUUGUAUUGAACUGACCCUUAACCUCAAGCUCAGCGUGGCUGCUGAAGUUCACAUUGUCACGCUGGCCCUGGAGAGUCCCUGAUUUUUACAAAGUGGUCCGUCCCUCCGUCACGGGAGGAAGGAGAAGACGCUUGGUUGUGUGAAGGUGCUACUGGCUGGAGAACAGCCCGUUCCUACAUUUCUCUGAUGUGCAGGUGGUGGUUGCUUGAUGUCAACCUUGGGAGUUUGCACAGUUCAGAGCCUGAUGUUCAGGGCUGAGAGGUUCUCCACCCUCUGUGCAUCCCUUCUCCUGGUCUGGCACGCACGGAAGGACUAAAGUCUCUGUCCUUACUUUUGACACUGCCACCACCACUUCCUCCUCAUGUUCUCCAUGGAGUCUUUCUCACAUUUCAUAAAGCUGCAAGUCUUCCACAGUGCUUCUCAGUGAGGUCAUUACCAUUUUGCUAAAGGAAAAGAAAAAAAAUUGCCAGCUGCCUUUGAGCUUGGUGAUGUGCUGGAUGGAGGAAGAUGGGGUUCCUGGACUAGCAGGUUGGCAGAGGAGAGAACUGCUGGGCCUCCUGCAGUGGAAAGUCUUUCAAGUUCCCUUCAGCCAGGAGAAGACCUCGUUUCUCCUGCACUUCUUUUAAAGUCCCAACACCCUUGAGGGAUGUCUUUCUUGUCAAACCUCCUCCUGGGCAAGCAUGGGUCUCCCUACCAUCCCCUCACAUGCUCCAGCACAACCUUUCCUUCCAAGCCUGGCCAGUUCGGUACCAAGCAGCUUCCUGUGUGUCCCAUAGCCUGGGAGAAGGUGGUGUCCCCUCUGCACAAGCAUCUGGGACCUUGCAGCCUUUGUCAUGGGAAUGGGGGUUUUUCCAGGGGUCUACAGCCACAAGCUCUCACAUCUGAGAGCCCAGUCUCAUCCUGCUGGAGAGCCAUUGCUCUGAUUUGAUCCAUUUAAAAAUAUUGACGAUGUUUUGAAUGCCUUUCUGGUCUGGUUUGGUGCUGCCUGUUCUCCUUGCCUCCAUCCAUCCCUUCCUCCUGCCUGAUGUUGGACAUUUCUCAGAGGGGGUUUCCCACUCUACAUUUGAGCAGAACUUGGAGGAGAUGAAGACUGUGGUGCUCACUUCACUCACCCACGGCCUUUCUGUGGGCCCAGCUCCAUUCUGGCACUGCUCCCAGCUCCCUUUAGGUUUCAUUUCAGGAAAAAAAAAAAGAGCCAGCAGGUGCUGGAAGUCAACUCUGCUGAAGCCCCUGACCUGCAUGGUGGUGAAACAUGUCCUGGAUGGAAAGGGACACUGUGGGGGACAUGCUCACCACUCUCACAAAGCAUCACCCAUACUUUCGCUUGUUAAGGAUACACCAAGUACUAUGUCUGCCUUAUAAUUUUAUUUAAGCAAGAUGCAUUCUUGCCUCUGGUAUGUCUUCCUUCUCCCAUUUUACAGCAUAGGGACCGGUAUUAUGGACAUGGCUUGAUUCUUCCACGAGUUGGGGUUUUUUUGAAAGGGAGGAGGUCAAUAAAUAAUGACUAUUUUUGGCUGGA